AAAAUAAUCAAAAAUAAAAAUUGACAUGUCGCUUUAUUUAGAGGGUUUUUACGAUAAAAAGUCAAUUUGAAAGUUUAAUAUGCUCGUUAAAUAAUUUCAAACUUUAAAACGUAAAUAAAUGCUAUUCUGAAGAUUAUUACACACUGAAGGUCUCCGGUUCGUACCCGGACGAAGCCAAUUGAAUAUUUCUUUAUCAAAAGAAAAAGAAGAUUAUUAUGCGAUUUUCUGUUGUAAAGUUUUAUGUCGAAAAGAAUUUGGUAGAAAAAAGUAAGGAGCAGAAAUAACAACAAAAAAUAAAAAUCCAUCUUCUAAUCCGGCCCAUAAUAUCAUAAGCCCAUUUAAAAUUGAUGAACUGCAUUUGUUGAAGAAUAUUUGUCCUUUUCUUUCUCUCCGCAAAGAAAGCGGAAUCGAGAGUCACUGCAGGUACCUGUCGGGAUCGGUUUUCUAUCGGUAAUCUUCAAAUAGCUAUCCUCGUUAAGCAGCUAAUUGGUUUUCGACGUUUAGAAGAGACGAUUUAGGGUUAUAAAUUUUCCAACUUUAGACCACCGAUUCUGGGUAAAUUGGUGAACAAAUCGGAGAAUUUGGCGUUAGGGUUUUCUUGUAAUCGCGAUUAUGAAACCACACGAUGAUUGGGUCGAUGGAUCUUGGACUGUAGAUUGUGUUUGCGGUGUGAAUUUUGAUGAUGGUAAAGAGAUGGUGAACUGUGAUGAAUGCGGGGUUUGGGUUCACACAUGGUGCUCUCGUUAUGCUAAAGGAGAUGAUCUAUUUGCCUGUCAUAAAUGCAAGAUUAAAAACACCAACGGGUUCAUGCUCAAGGAGGUCCCAAUUGAAGAAAGGGUUCAUGUUCAAGGAGUUCCUGGUGGAGACUUGUCUCUGUUUGAAAACUUUUCGUCUGUUUCGUCACGUCAGCUGUGGAAAUGUUCUGGUUACGUGCCUAAGAAGUUUAGGUUUCAGUAUAGAGAGUUUGCUUGUUGGGAUGAUCAUGAGAAGGGAAAUGCAUGUGAAACUGAGGACCCAGAAGAUGGUUCUGCUCCUAUGAAUGAAGGCAGAAUAAGAAAUUUUGUUUCUACACAAAUGGAGAUGAAAUGUUUUCAGACUGAUGAUAUAAACAAAGAGACUUAUUUUUCUGAAGAUCGGGUAAAGAAGAAGGUUAAAGUUGCGGACAAAGAGGAAGAAGAUGAUCAUACGAACGAUUUGGUGGGCAAUACCCUGAAAAUGUUGUAGGAAGUAUUCGACUUUGAUGCAACAGGAGUCCUCACAACAAAAAGUUGUUAUCCAAGGUUAAGAUUUUGAAUGUUUUCGUGUCAAUGUUUAGGUUACUUUUGAAUUCUUUUUUGUGACAAUGACUCCAUGCUUAUGUUUAUAACUUUAUAUUCAGAUUUAACCCUUGAAGGGUUUCUUAAA